AUGGAAGGAACAACAUCGCCACCUACAAUCAUCACAACGGAUGUGAUCAAAAAAAUAUGUGUGCAACUCGGGUAUUACCGCAAUCCUGUUUGUAAUGAUAAGUUGUAUCUACACCGUAAAGGCUUUGAAGGUAUUGAUGAUGACGCCUUUACACCAUACACAGAUGUGAGAGUGUUGUGGCUGGAAAGCAACGCACUCAGUCACAUAGCUUGUGGAAAAGAUAGCCGACGUAUUACAGUUAAACCCACAGAAGGAAAAGGAGAAGAAACAGAGGUGGUUGAAGUAAAUGAAGGAAAGAGUAUCUCAACAAGUGGAAUAUCAAAGAGUGCAUAUGUAGAUUGUUAUGGGGAUUGGAAAAAAGCGCCUAUUCGUCAAGUUAAAGAGGAUAGAGGUCCAAAUGUUGAUGAUGCUCUUGCUGCAGCUCUUGCCGCUGCUACUACUACUACUACUACUACUACUAAUAAUAAUAAUAAUAAUAAUAAUAAUAAUAAUAAUAAUGAUAAUGUCAAUGAAGAACGGACGGAUAAAGAGGCUGAAGUAUCCAGCAAAUCAUCACGUAAAGGAUCAGAAAUUGUGAAGGAUGUAUUUAAUUCACUUUACCCCACACUUCGACAGUUGUACCUUCAUAACAAUCUUCUGCGUGAGAUGCCAGACUUAAGUGGUUUUCAACGACUUGAUUCUGUGAAUCUUUCCAACAACUUUAUACAGUCUGUACGAGCACACUGUGCUGAGUUUAACAUGAAGGCCGCACAGUAUGAGGAAUCACGGCAUGAAAAAGCCAAAAAACUCUUAGCGAACUCUAAGAGUAUGCAGAAUGAACUCCGUUCCAGAGGAGUUGAAGAAGAGAAGAUUCUGAGUGAGAAAAGCCGACAAGAAGAAGAACAUCAAGAACGAGAAGUACAACAUCAACCACAUCAAGAACAGGAUGAAAGUUUACAAGAACACCAACACCAACAACACCAACAACAAACAAUAUGGGAAGAGAAGGAACAUGGAGAAAACAAAGAUUUGUUUAAACCGAGGAACUUAACAGAGUGUGGUUCAUGGAGUUCAUCAUCUCCUCCACUUCAUUCCACUACGCCUGUUCCAAUCAAUGAUGACCCUACUGCUAUUACUCUUACUCCUACCUCUAAUAACAACAGCACUACAGAGGCUCCUUCACGCCAGGAGGCAUUGGAUGUUUGGCGUAAUCGCGUUAUUGCCUAUACACAGUUCUGCCCACACACACCACUUAAUGUCGCGGAAGAUGGAAAGAUCUCUGAUGAUGUGCCGGAGAAACACCGCAAUCCCUGCAGUUCUCUGCGUACUGUUAAUCUCAGUGGUAAUCGCCUUCGCUUUGCGUCUGAUCUGCUGGCGCUGCUCUGCUGCCACAACCUCGCCGUGUUGGAUCUCAGCCACAACCAACUCGAUGAUGGCGAGGCGGUGCUGAUGGUGUUGGAGCGACUCCCGCGUCUCCGCUCGCUGCGGCUCUCCGGCAAUCCGCUCGUGCGCACACUGCCGAGAUACCGCAAGACUGUACUCGCCCGCUGUGCGGAACUCAUGCAUUUGGACGACCGCCCGGUGUUUGCGGCCGAGCGCCGACUGGUGACGGCGUGGGCGCAGGGCGGCGAGGAGGCGGAGCGGGUGGAGCGAAUGCAAAUGCGGCGAGAGGCGGAGAGUGAACACCUGCGGCGACUGGAGGACUUUCGCGCGAUGGUGCGACGAUCACGUUAUCUCAGUGAUGGCAGCAGCGGCAGUGGUGAGAAUAUUUUUUACAAUAAUCACAAUAUGAACAGUCGUAAUAAUAAUAAUAAUAAUAAUAAUAAUAGUAAUAAUAAUAAUAAUAAUAAUAAUAAUUUAAGUUAUACUGGUAACAACGACAACAGCAGUACGAGUGUACGAACCCAGACGGAUGGAGUCACAACAGAUACAAGAGAAGCAAUGUCAAUGUCUGGGGAAAUAAGGGAGCGUGGGCAAAUAUUUGUAACCAAUGAAUACAAUGAUGACGAUGAGCCAACAAGCUCUGAAACCAGCGAAAACGAUGAUGAUAAUGAUAAUAUCCACACAGUGGCUCACGAGAGAAUUCAGAAUGAAAAUGGAUUACAAUCACCACCACCAACACAAGUGCAACGUUCAAGAGCUCAAGGAUAUGUACAACAAGAACAAAGUGAUGUGGACCGUGAUGAUGAUGAAGAGACUGCAAUUUACAUCCCACUAGGAGCUGAUAGAUAG